AUGGUCACCGAUAGUCAGGAAGCUAGCGAUGCAACGAUAAGGUGUAUCCAGAAGUUGGUGUCUUUUCUUGAAACUCUAGACGACUCCUCUGAAAAGCAUGAUGAAAACGUAGUGAAGUUCAAGAGCCUACUGGGCUCGUUGCCACCAGACCAGAUCAAUGCCCACGAAAACAACUGGCUGGAAGAAACCAUCUUGCAUGUUGCAGCUAGGCAAGGCCUUGUAUGGGCCGCUGAGAUUCUCCUUGAAGCGAACGCGUCUGUCUCUGAGCAGGAUUGUGUCGGACGUCAACCCUUGCACGCAGGGUGCCUGGGGGGUAAUCCAUCACUUGUUAGGUUGCUUCUAAAAUCAGGGGCCAGCAUUCUAGCAACCGAUCGUGGUAGAAAUUUACCCUUCCACGUGGCUGCCUCUGCUGGCCACACCGAUAUAUUGAAAAUAUUCCUCGAAACAGACCGGAAACCGGCCAUUGACGUUAAUACACCUGGGAAGUGGAAGAUGACAGCACUGCACUGUGCAGCCUGGAAUGGACAUGAAAAGUCUAUCGAGGUUCUACUCGAUGCAGGCGCGGAGGUUGAUCUACAAGAUACGGAUGGAUGGACUCCAUUGAUGGCAGCAAAGCAAAGGAACUACAUACCUAGUAUGUGUAUACUGUUGGAUAAGAAAGGAUACGAUCAAGCGAAUAUCCGGGACAAGGAAGGAAAAACACCGCUUUUAGCGGCGAUCGAAGAAAAUAAUUCGAAAGUGGUGGAUAUGCUAUUAGAACGCUGGCCCAAUGAGAAUAAGAGGGAUCCCAACGUAUACCAGAGGUUGCUUUUGUACGAAGCACCUACUCACGAAGAGGGGGUAUUGAAAAUGCAAAAUACCAUAUUGGAAGCCCUGAGGCAGGAUACGGACUCAUAUGAUGGCGCUCUUUCCUGGGCGGCAACAAAAUUUGAGAGGCAUAGGAUUGCAGAGAAGCUUCUCAUCCAAAGUCCGUACCCGGAGGUUAGCAAGGCCAGCGCUAUUGAGUUGGCUACACAACAAAAGAAACCGGAUAUACUCUGGUGGCUCGUUGCCACAUCCCCACGCAACCCUGAAAUUAUGAGCAAUAUCAAGGAAGCCAGAGACAUAGCAGAAGCAUCAAAAAACGCCCCGCAAGGAAUGGGGAAAGAUGAAAACAAGAAACUGGAAGACAAGAAGAGAAAUCAGAGUAAGUCUGGUGAAGAUACUGACGCUACCGCAGCUCAUGCAAGUGGAAACGGGUCGAGCGAUUGGGUUUACAUCAUAGACAUCCUGCAGUAUCCCCCAAUAGCCCAGAAAUAUGACGAUAUCACUGUUUUGAACCCCCCGGAAUUGGAACCAAAGCAUGGCAAUGUUGUGAACGAACAAGAAGCAACUAUCACCCGGUUCUACAAAGCCGAAAAGGUUUCCAGUAUAAUUCAAAGAACACGCUACCUGAAGGAUGUUAUAUACGAAGAGGGACCCAUGAGCAUAAUGGCGGGUGCAAUCUCGGAUUUGGAGGAGAUUAUGAAUAAGAGGUCCGAAAAUAUGGAGGAACGCUCUAGUUCGAGAAGACUUCGAGCCAUAUAUGAGGAAAGUAAUAUAGCGUUUACUUAUAUUCAUUUGCCGGCUACCAACAUCGACUGGAUGAAGGACUUAUUAUUGAAAAUCAUGGCCGAUGAAAACCUCAAGAACGGCGGUGCUAGACACCGUGAGAUCAGCUCAUUUUUGCAAAGCACCUGGUUUGAAAUCCCGGACCAGACUUCUGAGUCACGGUUCAUGAGGCCACAGUUUGUGGAGAGGAGACGAAUUGCAUCCACCAACAAGAAACAAAGUGAGGAACAGAGAGGAUCAGACACCAACAAUGCGCAGCACAGCGAAGCUCAGGACAUCGCUAAUCAGAAAACGAACGACCACACAGCCAACAGCCAAGCAGCUAGCGAGCAAGAGAUACCGAAGAAGGAAGACGGAAAGGAAGAAGGACAGGAAGGAGAAGAGGAGGAAGAGGAAGGACUAUUCAUUUCUAGUUCAGCACUUUAUAUGCCAUUCCUAUCAUUCGCAACACAAAGAGAAAUGAACGAAUGUAACGACAAUGCAAGAAUGACAGAAAGCAAAAAUCAAACAAUUCUCCAAAAAAGUUCCAAUAAGAACCCAGAGAUCCGAAUGAGCAUGGAGCAAAAGCUAAGCGAACUAAACAAAAGUUAUAAAGACUCAGUCCUCCAUAACUCUGCGACUCUUGACGAGGCGUAUUAUCACUUCGAUUUAAAAGACGAGGAAACGUUAUCAGAAAGAAAUCGCCGUAACCGCAAUCAAGUCGUCACUAAGCAGUUACAUCCGGGACUCAAAGGUUCUCAAAAGGAGACCUGGUCUUUGCUCCGUGUCAAUCAGAUUUGGAUUUGGACACUAGACGAGAAAUGGGUGAUUAGCGCCACUUCGCAUCCGGUCAACGAUAUUGAACAAUCAUGGCUUGAUGGGUUUACUGAACAUCUCAACAAACGAAUAGAGGCAGGAGGAGCCCAGUCCCAACCAGGGUCUGUUGAAGAAAUAGUAAAAGCGAUGGUCAAUUAUUGCAUUGGAUUCUAUGAGAGGAGGCGAACUUUCCGAGAUUCUGAAAAUGGUUGGAAAACCGAACUAUCCAUUCGCCAACUCUUUUCAAACUAUAUCAAUAAAAUAGGACGAGAAGAGACCAACCUCUUUACCAAGUUUCAAGAUCUCCGAAAUGUUUCAGACACUCCCGGGCAUGAGAGUGAACCACAGAAACCCCCCCCUGAAGCUCAAAGGCUAGCUAAGUUCAAAGAGGCUACCUCUAAAGCCCACCUGCUCUUCGGUGAGAUCAAAGACAUCCUUGACGAACUGGGAGUCAUCAAGUCGAUUAUCAACUAUCAAAUUAAUGUUCAAGAAAAACUAUUCAAGAAUGAACCAAAUCAUUUUGGACUUACUUCAAGCCAUUUUCUCGACGACAUCACCGAAAUGGAGAGCCGAGCAAAUAAGAUUCAAUCUGCUGUCAAUUCGACCCUCACCUUGCUGCACAGUGAGAUAGCAAACUUUCAAGCCGAAGAAUCUGUAAGACAAGGAAAGGAGGCUGUAAAACAGACGGUAGAGUCCGUGAACCAGGGAAAGUUCAUGGUGGUAUUCACAAUAACCACUGCUGUGUUUUUACCGCUAUCAUUCCUCACUUCUCUGUUUGCGGUCGAUUCUGACAAGCUCAAUGGUACUCCUGCCUGGGUUUUUGGUGUUAUCUUUGGUGUUUCUUUUGCUUUCACCGCUCUUGCAUUAUGUAUACCCUUCUUAAUUUCUCUCAUAUCGCCAGUUACCAAGCCCGCUUGGGGGCAUAUCAAGAAGCGAUACGGCAGGCCAAUUAAGGAGCGAUAUAACAAGUGCAUCAGUAUGUACUCUAAGUACAUGGAUGAGCACUUUGGUCCUCUCAAGGACGAAGAAAGAAAUGGCGGGCGAAUCGCCCCGAAUGGCCCAGAUGAAUCCGUGCCCUGCCGUACUGAGUCUUGCAACCCUAUGGUCUCCCCUUCGCCAUGGGCGGUAUUAUGGUGCCUGUAG